AUGAUGGUUUGCGUGGAAUUCAAAGAUGGUGACUCAAAUAUCAUUCGAAGCCAAUGUGAAUUCAAGCUUGUUCAUCAUGUGAGGGGUGGCUUCAUUGUUACUUAUGAUGCAAGACGUUCAACUGGACUUCUUUCAAAGGGCUCUAAACUAAGACAAAAAAUUCUUGGAGCUCAUGAGCCCUAUGGUUGGGGUAGAUAUGCACAAUUUAGCUUGGCAAUUGUUAAUCAAAUCCAUAAUAAGUUUUCUGUGAGAAAAGACACGCAACAUCAAUUUAAUGCACGAGAAAGUGAUCGGGGUUUCAUAUCUUUCACGCCUCUUGGUGAAUUGUAUGACCCUAGUAGGGAUUAUCUUGUGAAUGAUAUUCUUAUAAUUGAAGCCGAGGUUCUUGUUCAAAGGGUUGUAUACCAUAUUCCAACAACUGAAAAUGAUAUGCCAUUUGGAAGCAUCCCUUUGGCUUUGCAAAUUUUACUCUACAAGCUCCAGUAUAAUGACAGCAGUGUAUCAACAAAAGAGUUAACAAAAUCUUUUAAUGAGAUACAUAUGAUUCAUUCAUGCAGCCUGAUGUCCAAGAACUUAACCGGGUCCUUUGUGAAAAAACUUGAAGGUAAAAUGAAAGUAACUGUUGUCGAGGGAACAAUACAAAAUUUAUUCGAAGGACACCAUAUGAACUACAUAGAGUGCAUCAAUGUGGAUUACAAAUCAACUAGAAAGGAGUCAUUUUAUGACCUUCAUCUUGAUGUCAAGGGUUGUCGCGAUGUUUAUGGUUCCUUUGAUAAGUAUGUUGAAUUUGAACGUCUUGAAGGGGAUAACAAAUACCAGGCCGAACAAGAUGGUUUGCAGGAUGCUAAGAAGGAUGUUCUGUUCAUCGAUUUUCCUCCAGUUUCGCAGCUUCGGACACUGCUGAGCAUUUAA